AUGCGUCGGCCCUACACCUUCACUCGCACGUCGUCUUCUCAUGCUCGCUACAAUCCAAUAUACGAAGAAACAGAAGCUAAGAAAGCCGAAGCCAGCGAGCAGUCGCGAUGGUCAUUUCCAUUCUUCACAUCCGAUCAACCCACAGGAUACGAGAAUGUAAAACCACAACCACGACAAUCUAGUUCACCACCUCCUCGUACAUCCGGCACUUUCUUUGCAACAAACCACAAUACUUAUUCGCCAACAAAUAGCACAGAUAACAUUUACGAUGCAGCUGAGAAAGCCACCAAACCUGCGAGUGACCAAAGAAAGCGGUUCUCCUUCCCUUCUUUUUCUUUCUUCAGAACGAACGACAACAAUGGCGAUGCCCUUGAAGUUGAUGAUGACUAUGAUUACCGGUCUAACUCGUUCAAUGAUGGAGAGAAUCGGACUGAUCCAUUUCUCGACCCUGUAGACAACUCAAAGAAAGAGAAGAAGGAGAAUCAGAAGCAGAAGCAGAAACUCCCUACAUCAGCUAAAGAUCCCGACAACAAGAAGCCAGCUAAAUCCUGGCAAGAACGAGGAUCGGCUAAGAGAACAGAAGCGAAAGAGGAGAAAGAGAAGGCCAAGGAGCGAGAAAGGGCCCGCAAAAGAAAUAGCGGUUUAGGGUGGGCAAAAUCUUGGUCGUUUGGAGGUGAGAGGUUUGGGGGAACAAUUUUGGCCGAUGGGAGUGGAGUGAGGAUGCCAAUCUUCAGAUGUAAGGGUCCUUGUGGGUUGGCUUGUGGGUUUUGA